CAGUGUAGCCCUGCUCGAAAUACACAAAGCAAAAGUGAAAAAAGAGAGGCAUACAAAAAUAAUCACAAAAAAAGAAAAUUCAAUGAAAGAAAAGUUGAAUGCGGCAACAAACAGAAUAUAAUACAAUUAAACUGCAACUCGUAAUAAGUGAAGUGCCUGUGAACAGUUAAACGACACCAACAAAUUAUCCAAGCAAAAAGAAAAAAACAAAGUCACAACACAAAAUGGCCACCAGCGAGAUUUCGAGCUCCAAUGAGCGACACUAUUAUGCGAAGCUGGAGGCCAUCAAGGACAUAAGGGACAAAACGCUGACGCUGGAGAAGCUCAAGGUGCGCAUUAUUAAGGAAGUAAAACUAAGCGACGACGAGGAGAAGUGCCUCGAUGAAUAUCGCAAGGAAAUGGAACAUCUGCUCGAAGAGAAAAUGUCACACGUGGAGGAGCUGCGUCAAAUCCAUGCCGACAUCAACGACAUGGAGAAUAUCAUCAAGCAAACGAAGGAGAAUCAAACGCGCUCAUUUGACAUGGCCAAUCGUGUCUACGAGGAAUAUCUGGCGCUUAAAUAUCAAAUCGAUCACAUGCGACGCGAUUACCUAGGUCUCAGUCCUUUGCGUGAUCUACAUGAGGAGGAGGGCAGUCCCAUCUCUAAGGAUCGCUUCCAAACAAAUUUCCUCAAGGUGGCCGCCCAAUCAGCAGCCGCCGCUGCUGCUGCAGCGGCUGCCGCAGCCGCAGCUGCCUCACAGCCUGCUUCGUUGGCGCGUCCUCAUGCCCGGCAUCCAUUGAUGCCGGAAGCGACGGUCACCGCUUUGCCACCGAAUGCCGCAGCUGCGUCUGCAGCUGGUGGCGGCGGCAGCGGUGGAGGAGCUGGAGGACCAGGAGGCGGCGGUGGUGGUGGCGUUCCUGGUGGUCAUGCAUUUAUGCCGCCAGCUCCUCCGGGUGCAGCGGGCAGCGCUGGCGCUGCAGCGGCUGCGGCUGCUGUGGCUGCGGCACGCUUGGGUAAAACAGAUUUCUCGGCACCGCCGCCACCGCCACCGUCGGCAACAAAUCGUCUGCAGCAAUCGCCAUCGAUAGGCAUGGGACAUCAUCCGUCAUUUCGCUCCGAUUUCAAUGUGAAUCUGCGUCAGCAGCCGCCACCCAUGAAGUCCUGCUUGUCGUGCCAUCAGCAAAUCCAUCGCAAUGCGCCAAUUUGUCCACUGUGCAAGGCCAAGUCGCGUUCCCGCAAUCCCAAAAAGCCCAAAAAAGAAGAAUAACUAAAAUGGGAGGGGCAAAUGGUCAAGAACUCAACUCACAAACUCAAAAAUUACAACUUGAAAAGCCAAUCGGGCAUUAUACUAAAUUGUAGUAUGCAUAUAUAUGUUCCAUGUAUUGAAUUGGAAUCAUUUCACAAUUAACUGUUUUUUUUUAUUUGAUUAUAUUUUUUAUUUAUUUAUUUACACAAUGAAAGUAUUACAAUUUUUUUCUCAUAACCAAUUAGCUUGUAAGGUCGCUAAAAAAAACUAAAAGAAAAAAAUUAAAAAAAAAAAUAAUGUUCUCAUAUUUUCGUGUCAUUAUGAUUAUUAUUAAUAUUAUUAGUAUGCUUAUGUUAAUAUUAAAUUGUAAGUGAGAAUGCAAAUGUAGAUAUUCUACAUUUUAAACAAUAAGCGAAAUACAGUGUCAAAUUGAACUUUAAAAAAAAAACUACAAUUUUU